CGCAGUCGAGAACAAAUACAAAUCGCGCAGUCCGCCCGCACUCUCGCGCUCUCCCGAGGCAGUAAAACCCCUGGCGAGAGCCCGUGGAGAGCCGCAGCCAUGCCCGGCGUGGAGUUUCACGGUGCCCCGUUCGGUUCUGCAACGGCCAGGUUCAACGUCUCUGGAAUUCAUCCACAGCUGAAGCCACUCGGCACUUACACAGAGGCCCCCUACUGCUCGCAGACCAUGAGCAACCAGAUCAGGGCCCUGGGUCCCGGGCGCUACAACCCCGAGUGCUCCGGAGGAUUCGGCGUGCGGGCCGUUUCUCGCCGGGCUAGCGGGCCGGGCUGGGCACGCGAGGUGGAGCUAUCCCGGUCGGCUCGGACACCUCACUUCAGGCACCGCGAGGCCUGGGAGAAGGAGCGAACCCAGAAAAGUAGGCUAGGCCCUGGGAUCUAUGACACAAAGGACUUCAUUGACCUGGAGCGGGAGAGACCAUCGAGUCGGAGGGGGGUGUGCGACACGCUGGAAGAGCGCUUCUUAAACAUCGGCAAGAGUUCGACUCCUGGUCCGGGCUCCUACGUGCGGCCGGAGAGGCCGGGAGCGGCGUGGGCCCACCAUCCGGCCUCGCGCGGCCCCAUGGAGUUGAGCAGCUCCGUCAACCGCAGCACCCCCGAAACGGGCAGCGGAUUGGGCCCGGGGACCCAUGAGCACAGGAGCUUCACGGACGAGUUGGCCGCGCGUGUCGUGAGCGCGCGCGGUCCGUACGACCUCUUCACGGGCCGACGCACGGACCCCCUGCGCACCGGGUGGCUCGUGGCACCGGAGUCGCUGUGGCCGGGCCCCCGCGGCUGCCCCCAGCCAUCCAUGGCCGAGGCGCUGGCCGCCAGGACGAGGAACGGCCGCUUCGCCCCGGAGCCCGGCCCCAACGCGCAGCCCGGCCUGCGCCUGUGCCUGGACGCGCCGGCCCACUGCCGCCGGGAGCCGGUAACCGGGCCCCACCACGAUCUGCGCACACGCGACGCCGUCGUUGGGUUGCGCCGCGCGUUGUUCCGCGAGAGAAGCUUCCGCCGGCACGUGGAGCGUAACGUCGCACGUCGCGCCCAACGACCCCGCUGCACGACCGGAACGUUCAUCGGCCAUGCCGUAUCGGCACCGUUGGACCUCCCAAGGAACCGGCAGAGCGAUUGA